CGUAGUAAAGAUGUUCGCGUCGCAGCACUACGUUAUCUCUCUCGGUCUGUUGUUGACGGUCGCUGUGACCUCGGGAGAAAUCCUCGAUCGGGGAUGGUGGAACCACACGGUUUUCUAUCAAGUUUAUCCCCGCAGUUUUAUGGACGCCAACAAUGACGGCGUAGGUGAUCUCCAAGGUAUAACAGACAAACUCGAACAUUUUGUGAAUUCUGGUGUGGGAGCGAUAUGGUUGUCGCCUAUUUAUAAAAGUCCUAUGGUUGAUUUCGGAUACGACAUUGCGGAUUUCAAAGAUAUCGACCAAAUAUUUGGCACACUGGCGGAUUUCGAAAAACUUGUAGCACGCGCCAAACAACUUGGACUAAAAGUGAUUCUCGAUUUCGCGCCCAACUACACUUCUGACCAACAUUUCUGGUUUCAAGAGAGCGUGAAACGUAAUGGCAAAUAUGCAGAUUAUUACAUAUGGGUGGAUGGAAAAAACGACACACCACCGAGUAAUUGGUUGAGUGUAUUCAGCAAUUCGGCUUGGUCGUAUAAUACAAACCGUCAACAAUGGUACUUGCAUCAAUUCCACAGUAAACAACCAGAUUUGAAUUGCAGUAACCCUAAUGUGCAAGAAGAAAUGAGGGAAAUCCUCAUAUAUUGGUUGAGAAAAGGUGUUGACGGAUUUCGCAUGGACGCAAUGCCGUAUCUCUUCGAAACGAAUUACACUAAAGACGAACUUAGGAGCAAUAAAUCGGAUGCAACGGAAAAUGAUCAUGAAUAUCUGAUCCACACAUUGACGAAGGAUCUGCCGGAAACGUACGAAUUGGUUUUAAGCUGGAGAAAGAUCUUGGACGAAUAUGCUCAUCAAUAUAAUACAAGCGAGAAAGUGAUGAUGACUGAAGCGUACGCUACAUUGGACAACACGAUCAAAUACUACAACUAUGGUUCUCACAUUCCCUUCAACUUUGACUUUAUCAUGAAUGUGAAUAAAACCUCGACAGCUUCUGAAUUUAAAGCUGUAAUAGACAAUUGGACAAAGGCAAUGCCCGAGGGCAGUGUUGCUAACUGGGUGAUGGGAAAUCAUGAUCGCGCUCGUACCGCUUCGCGUUUUCCCGGAAGAGCCGAUCAAAUGACAAUGUUAGCCAUGAUAUUGCCAGGUGUAGCAGUAACUUAUUACGGUGAAGAAAUUGGCAUGGUGGACAAAUCAGACAUAAGCUGGGAAGAUACGCAGGAUCCACAAGGUUGUAACGCGGGUAGAGACAAGUACGCAGCUCGAUCCCGGGAUCCCGCCCGAACACCAUUUCAAUGGAAUAAUAAACAAAAUGCAGGUUUCAGCACUGCUUCUAAGACUUGGAUACCGGUUCACGCAAAUUACAUUUAUGUAAAUGUGGAAGCACAAUAUGACACAAUUGACUCUCACUACAACGUUUAUCGCGCUCUGACGACGCUGCGUAAUACAUCAAACGCGCUCAAAUUCGGAUCGCUAACUACCGAUAUUAUAAGCGAUACCGUUUUACAUGUCCUGCGUAAAACAAACGGAGAAGCCGUGUCACUACUGAUAAAUUUCUCAGAUGAAGACAAGAAAGAGGUUACUUUAACGGAUACUUUACCGGGAAACAAAGCCGCCGUGAUUGUAACGGCGAGUGUGGGUUCCGGAAUAACAAAAGAACAAGCUGUUGAACUGAAUAAAUUCAAUGUCCCAGCAAAAGCUUCAGUAGUCAUUCUAAUUCAUUCCGGUGCUUCACGAGAAUAUGUUGCUUCUUUUCAAAUAAUUCUAUUCUCGGUAGUCUUCUUAAUACUAACGUUGUACAAAUAAAAAAAUAAAACAAAUAAUGGAAUAAU